AUGCAUUGGCGUCAUGUCCAAGAAUUGGGCCUACAGACAACUUAUCGAAAUGAUCCAGAGUUUUCAUUACGAAUUCGAAUGCUACCAGCAUUAGCUUUUAUUCCAGAAGUAGAUGUAAUAAAAUGUUAUAAUGCAUUACUAGUUACAAAUUAUUACACAGAUAAUGAAGAUCUACUGGCACCGCUGUUGGAUUAUUUCGAAAAUACAUGGGUAGGAAAAUUAGACAGGAGAGGAAAAAGAAAGCCGCCAAAGUAUGCAAUCACAUUAUGGAACUGUUUUUCGAGAGUAAUUCAAGAUUUGGCUACCACAAAUAAUGCUAUAGAAGGGUGGCACAAUUGUUUCACAUCACUUAUAAAUAGUAUACAUCCUUCAAUUUGGCGAUUUAUAGAUGCAUUAAAAAAAGAAGAGAGCAUUAACAGAUUCAAAAUCGAACAAUAUGUUGGGGGCAACGAGCCACCCAAAAAAAAAAUUUACCGAGAUAGAGCAGCUAAAAUAAAAAAAAUUUGUACCACUUAUAACAAUAAUACAAAUAUUGAAGACUAUCUUCGUGGCAUUGCAUACAAUUUUCAAUUGCAAAUUUAAUAUUUAGUGUUUUUCAUUAUUAUGUACCUACCUUGAUGAUUUAUAAUACUAUAUAUAUAUACUGAACAAUAUUUUUUAAACAUUUUUAAUCUAAGACGAAAAAUAUAUUUUUAACCAUACAUGUAACCAGAAUUGUGCCAAAUUUAUUAAAAUUAAAUAUAUAUUCAAAAUAUUUUUAUAUUACUGAAAAUGUUAUUUUUCGAUCAAUUGAUGUACGGUAAAUUGCAAUUGCGAUCAAUUGGCUUGCGAUCAAUAAUUUGCGGUAAAUUGUCGUGCGGUAAA